AUGGGGAAUAGCCAUCAUGCUUGUUUUAUCACUGGGAAGAAAGAACUUGUGGCUGUUGAUAAUGAUGAAUAUGAUUGUGAAAAUGAUGAAAUUGGAAGUAGUGACAGCGAAGGAGGCCUUAAGGAAGCCCAAGGGGACACAGACAUUGAUGAAGAACAUCAGCGGUAUGGUGAGCAACUACAAGAGUUACUCGACGAAGCCUACGAAAGACUUGUAGCUAUACAGAAAGAAAGUACAAAGCAGAGAAAGCGUACAAAACAAGCCUAUUCCGAGGGUGAUCAACUCUUGGAGGUAAACUACAUUUUCUCCUCUUCCAUCAAAUAUGCCCUAAAAAAGAAUGAAUGA